CUGCUUACUUUGUACUUUGUAGAGAUCGCUUGCGUUCUACUCACCUGCCAAAAUGAUGGAAGAAGUGUCUAUUGCUGUGGCCUAUGAUGCCCAUAUGAUUGACCAGAUGUCAGAGGAGGAGAUCCUGGCUAGUCUAGUAGUGGAGACUCUACCAAAGCAAGUGGUUUCCUCUAAAAAGCCAAAAUUAAGACAUAACCAAGUGCAGCCAGAAGACCCACUCGACAGGUACGAGAGAGAAAACCGUACACUUCAGGAGACCAGUUUGCGCCUGGAGCAGGAGAAUGAUGACCUUGCACAAAAACUGGUCACCAGCAAGAUUGCACUGAGGAAUGCUCUAGAUCAGACCGAGGACCAGGUGGAUGAAUUAACCAAAGAGCUUUUGAAAACCAAACAGCUUCUGAUGAUUACAGAGGAGGAGAAAAAGGGAAAGGAGGAGGAGGCUUCACAGCUUAAAGAGAUGUUUAGGAAAGAGCUGGACAAAGCAGAAGCAGACAUUAAGAGAUCAAACAACAUCAUCGCCGACUACAAGCAGAUUUGCUCUCAACUGAACACUAAGCUUGAAAACCAGAAAGCUCACGCAGACAAAGAGCUGGCAGUUAUCAAGAGCAAGAUGCUGGAGUGUGAGCAGUGCAGACACAUCUUUAGUAUGGAUGGAUCAAUUCAGCUGUGCUCUGAAAAUGAAGAUACCAGUGCUCAGGAUGAAGUGAAAGCCUCUCUCAGAGAACAGGUCCAAGAGUUAGAGAGAGAGCUGGCCCAGACCAAGCUACAAAUGGUGGAGUCUAAAUGCAAGAUACAGGAGUUGGAACACCAAAACGCAGUUCUGACGACUGAACUUCAGGCUGCUAAAAACACAUGGCUCAGAAAAACUCUGGGCUCUUUCAGGACAGCUGCCAGCGGCCAUCAGAACUCAUCUCAAACAGAUCCUGCCUGGAGCCCCGCUCAUAACCCCCACUCCAGCUGGGUCACCAGAAGGCUCUCCUGGGCCCAUUGAGAAGGGAGAGCAGCCAAAGUAUGAAAAGGUUAAGCAUACUGGUGGAGAAGAAAUGUAUUUAAUAAGAGCACUCCUGAAAUGAGUCUCACAAAUGACAAGAAUGCUAUUCCCUCAAACAAGCGGACAUUAUAGAUCCGUAUGGUUGCAAACACUGGGAAUGAGAGGAUUCUCAAAGAAUGGGUGACAGGAAGCAAUACCUGCCCUUCUAGAGAUGAGUGCAACAGAUCAGUUGCUUUUAAGGCAAUCUCACAUGAAGACUAUAUGAAAUUUUUGUAUUACAAGCAUAAUGUAUUACAAAAAUCAUCACUGUAAUAAGUGUUUUGCCAGUUAA